AGAAUUCUGGAAGCAGAAAUCAAGAAUGACAUGGUUUAAGGAUGGGGAUGGAAACACAAGACUCAUUCAUGCUCAGGUUAAUGGGAGGCGAAGAAGAUUACAAUUAAAGAGGAUUCAAAAUAGUGAAGGCAACUGGAUUGAGGGCAAUGACCCAAUAGUAGAGGAGGAAGUAAAGUUCUUUCAAGCUCAAUUUCAUGAAAAUAGUGUCCCUAAUGUUUUUGGGAUUAUUGACCAUGUCCCUAGCAUGGUUACUAUGGAGAACAAUCAAGACCUUGUGAGACAACCUACAAAAUCAGAAAUCAAGUAUGUUGUUUUUGGUCAAAAUGGAAAUAGUGCUGGAGGACCUGAUGGCUUCACUGAUCCAGGUACAUCUUAUCAACCUCGGUGUUAGCGCGUUGAGUGACUUGCCUAUCAGAGAUUUCAGGGUACACCUGCCGACGUCCGCAGGCCUCGGAGUCCCCUUCUAUCCUAUUCUUCCUUGUUUCUUUAUGUUUCUUGAUAGAGUGUGAUGUAUAGGACUGUUCAACAUUGUAUCUAGAGCUUGUGACUUAUACUUCACCGGGUUUUGGGAGUUGCACAUGUUGAGUUGUAGUUUUUACUUCAUACAGUUGUUGAUGUUUUGAGCUUUUAGAUUAUUAUUUCAGUUAUUCCGCAUGUUUGUUAGGCUUACCUAGUCUUAGAGAAUAGGUGCCGUCACGAUAUCCCACGGAGAAAAAUUGGGGCCAUGACAAUACAUGCACUAUCCUUUGGCAGAUCUUCAAUGUGUGGUAUUAGCACUUUGUGCUCAUUCCAUUGAAGGGAUGUCAGAGGUGGGCAAAAGUUUGAAAAGCAAGGAUCAAAAGGAGCUGCUAGGACUUCUUAUCUCUGAAAAUCAUACUUGGAAGAUAUGUACUCAUGGCCACUGCUCCUUUAGCUCAUUCAAAAUGUUUGAAGAAGUCAACAACAGUGCUACACAAUGCACAAUACCUGAAGAUACCCGCAUGAAGCACGUACUGCCCAGUUUCAACAAAUUGAGGCAUGGGUUUCCACUUGACUUUGCAGGAUGUUUGAUCUCAAUUGGAAGAGAAUACAAAGCACCUACAUCAUUUAUGAUAAAUGAGGAAGGUGCAGUUGUAUGGUUUACAUGGCUUCGUGUAAGGCUCACACGCAAAAAUUGGAUGACAAAUCGCAUGACCAACAUGGACUACAAAAUCUGGACAGAGAAUGAAACUGCUUAUACGUAUGGUUUAGGCUUCUGGAUUGUUAGACCAGGUAUUCAUCUACAUUUCAUAUAUCAAAUGAACCAAUUUGGUCGAGUGGCUAGGAGGUGCAAUUCUCCAGUAGGCAGCACGAUGACUGGACAAUUCUACAAUGCUUGGAGCACACUUUGGGAUUCAAUUUACUUCAUUAUCAUUUGGCUAGAUUUUAUUAUCCAUUUGCAUAGUUAUUCUCUUGUUCUAAAUGUAAUAUCAAUGUCGAGUA